AUGCUCUUUCUAGUUCAGGUAAUAAGCCUUGGAUCAUAUGAAUAUUGGGCAUUUGUAAUUAUUGCUUCCAUUUGUAUGUAUAUUGGUCCUAUUUUCAUCUUAAGUGCUAUAUAUUAUACUAUAUCCAAAUUAAUUGUUGCCCAUGGCGCUCAUUAUUCAAAACUUCCUCCAAUGUGGUAUUCCUAUAUUUUCACUACUAUUGAUAUCUUGGUAAUUCCACUUGAAGUAGUAUCUAUAGUGUUGUAUUAUUCACAAGCUUAUGAUCAUUAUAUCACAUCUAGUAAAGCCCUUGUCAUUACUAAAUCUGUAAUUCAAUUUGUUGAAGUUUUAUUAAUUUUAGACUUUUGGUUUCAUUUCUUAUUCAAUAUUUUCUUCAAGUAUACCAAACAAGAAAAAGAACAGUACAAUUUGAUGGAUAGAAGUGUGUCAAAUUUUUUCAAAUUGCUUUUCAAUGUCAGUUCUGUAAGGGAAUAUAAGAAAACACAAUUAGAUUGUACCUAUGAUAGUAAGUAUUACAAAGUGAGACAAAAGACUUUAUUUGGUUGGUUCCCGUUGGCUCUUACAAUAAUAUUGUUGGUAAAUUAUAUAUUUUCUAUUUUCAGACUUGUUGAAACUUGUUACCCAACUGAGAAUCGAAUCCUUAUUGAUCUUCAUUUGUAUGUUUUCCAUGCUGGUUUUAUUGCUACUACUGGGUCUGUUUAUGCUCUUUUCCAUCCUUAUUUCGUCCUUGGUAAAGAUAAUUGUGUCAAAAUAUUUAAUUUAAAAAGAAAUAAAAAAGAUGAAAGUUCUACUGAUACUGAUCUGUUAGAGAAGAAAUCGGGUAUUAGUAGAUUUGCAACAGUAGUGUUUUAA